AUGAUCACGUUGUGUCUUUUCAUUUUCGUAUCAUUCGCAUCACAAGCAAACGUAGAUUGUGAUCACUCUUCCUGUUUGAAAUGUCCUGAAAAUCCCGCUAUUUGCACACAGUGUCAAAAUGGGUACUUACUCCAAAACGGUUUAUGUUCCUACAAAACUGUCGAACACUGCACAAAUGCAGAUGGUUACUGGUGCCAGACCUGUGAAGACGGUUACAAAUUUAAAGCAGACCAAAACACAUGUGUUGAGGGCGAAGAUGGGUGUGGAUUUCAGAGUCAUGAAGGCCAUUGUAUAACAUGUAAAAAGUCCUACGGCCUUGUCGACAGUCAUUGUGUGAAAUGUCCCACUGACGCCAAUUGUGAAACUUUUAACUCGGCUUGUGAGUGUACUCGGUGUGACAGUAGUCACUUCUUGAACGUCUCAAAGUAUUGUAUCUCUUUGGACCCAUAUUGUUCUAACUAUGGCGCUGCCAGUGACAACCACGCAACCUGCGAAAAGUGCUUAGCGGGGUAUUACCUCCACUCCGAGACAAAGACAUGCAAAAAAGGGAAUUUGGCGAAUUGUAUGAUAUAUGAUGUAAAGAACGGGGCGGUGGUCUGCUCGACGUGUUUAUUUGGGUAUGUGGUAUCGAAUGGAGUGUGUACCAAUUUGACUGAAGUGUUUGGACCCGACUGUUUGAACUCGUGGAGAGGAGAUGUGUGUGAGAGGUGUAAAGAAAAGACAUAUGCCGAUAAUAUGACGUGCAUUCGUUGUAUUGAAAAUUGUAAGGCAUGUACUGAUGAGUAUUGUGAUGUUUGUGAAAAUGGAUUUGGAUAUGAUGGGACAUUGAAAGUGUGUACGGCAUGUUCGAUAGGAUGUGGCUCAUGUUCGUAUAUUUCGAAUGUAGAAACGUGUCAAGCGUGUUUACCGGAAUACGUCAAAAAAGGGGAAGGGUGUAUUAGAAGUGAGUUACCGGCGUAUACCUGUGACACAACAGCGACGGACGAAACGACAUGCACCGGUUCUGGGAAUUCCUGUGUGUAUGAAGUCACGACUUUGAAACAUCCGCUGUGUGUGUAUAAGUCUUCGAAUUGCAGUGAGUGGGACACAUCCAAUUUGUGCACACGAUGUCUAAUAGGCUAUAAAGUCAGUCCAUCAAACCCAUCAGUUUGUGUUCCCAUUGAUAAUAAGUGUUUGACGUACAAAGAAACGACGGACGGAAAGACGGUCAAGUGCGCUCAGUGCACUAAGGGGUACUUUAUAACGGACGAUUUUUUGUGCAAACGAUGCGACGAUGUGUGCGCCGACGGGGAGUGUAGCUAUGCUAUGGAUAACUGCGCAAGCUUCUUGUGUGCCGACCCGAAUUGCCAGAAAUGCGCGACGCGCACGAGUAAAUGUGAGAAGUGCCUUUUUGGGGAAGUCAAAGAAGAUGGGAGUUGUGAGCACAAGAUCUGUGUGAAUGAAAUAAGUGAGGGAAAGUGUUCAGUGUGUGCGGAGUAUGGAAAUACAACUAAAAUAGUAAAUCCAGAGACAAACCCGACACUCGUGCCAAACACUUUGAGGUUUUAUUUACCUGGUGAGAAUUUGACAUGUCUCUGGGAAACUGAAGAAGACAAAGAAAGUGAUUUGCUGUGGCUUUGGAUCUUUUUAGGAGUCCUCGCAGGACUUCUUAUUAUCAUUGGAAUUAGUGGGAUAGUGACCGGUGUCAUACUUUAUAACAGAAAGAAGGCUUCAAAGUACCAAGACUUGGACAAUAAUACUGAAAAAAAAUAA